CGUGUCUCGUGUUGGCGGCUUCGUGUUGGCUGAAAAGGUUUUACUUACACAGAGAUGGCAACAUUCAACAAUGAAAAUAUUUUAUCUUCUGAGUGUUAUACAGUUGAUUAAGCAAUGGCUUCAUACAGCCCUAAGCUGUUAGAAAAGAAAUACAAUAACUGGGUUAAAGCCCAGUUGGCUGUCCUGUUUACUAAAGAAGGUAUUGAACCUUUUGUUUGCAAUGAAAUUCAACAAUUUCAACAGAAAUGCUUAGAUGAUAUAUGUUACAGCAAUGGAUUAUUUAGUGGGACUUUGUGUUCAAUGUGCUGUACAGAAAAUGUUAUAAAAUGUCCAACAAAUAGAAUAUGUAAUGUUGGACGUGGAAGAUGCAGUUAUCAUAGAAAUGCUGCAACAAGGUAUAAUCCUGCCGGCUGCCCUAACAAGAUAUGUCAUAAUUUUACAACUGAGAUACAGAAUGUACAUAGGUACUUUGGUCCAUCGUACAAAAACACUGAUGCUACCAAGUGGUGCAGUAAUUCCUGGGAGAUAGCUAAAUGUUUCAUGCCCCCAGAUGGAUAUAAAGAUGUAGCUAGUGCACAAGAAACAGACUUCAAUGGCAUCAUCAGUGUUAUCAUUAAUCACAAAGACUUUCAGUUGAAAGUACACGAAAACCUAGGCAAUAAGAAAAACAUUUUUGAACAGGCAAGAGACAUUGGUAGGACUGUAAGACAUUCAUCAGAAUUAGAGGUAGAGGACAAAGACCUUCAGCAAUACUUUAAAGUAUUACAACAACUACUUUCUGAUCCUUUAUAUUUAGCUGGAGACACACAUGCACAAAGUGCAAAACAGAAAAUCAUAGAUCUUGAGAAUGACACAUUGGUUAUUGGUAUAGAUGAUGUAAGGAAAGCAUUAGACGAUGUGGCAAGAGCAGUUCAGGAUAAAAUAAGAACUGAAAUAGAUGAUCAGAAGAAGCAGUCGGAGGAGAUUAAACUCGAAAUGAUUAAAAGAAAACAGGAUGGUCUUCGGUCUCUUGAGUCUAAAACUGCUGAGGGAAUGAAAACCCUUGAGAACCUUACUAGUGAGGGAGCCAAGAAAAUUAAAGAAGAAAGUAACAUUUCUGUGAAUACCAUUGAAUCAAGCACAAACAAGGGAUUGGAUAGAAUACAACAAGAAGCUGAUGCUUCAUUGAAAACCAUUACAAGGUUAGCUGACGAGGAAGCCAAGAAAAUAAAAGAAGAUAGUAACAAUGCAGGAAAUGUUAUUAUAUCAAGCACAAACAAGGGAUUAGAUAGAAUACAACAAGAAGCUGAUGCUUCGUUGAAAACCAUUACAAGGUUAGCUGACGAGGAAGCCAAGAAAAUUAAAGAAGGAAGUAUAGAUGAUAAAGAGGAACAAUACAUUACGGCUAGAAAAAAACUUAAAGAUGAACUAAUUAAAUGGUACAAAACCAAUCAGAGUACUGUCCCACUUUCACCACUGACAGAUGAUUUAGAUACUCCGCUAGCUGGGUUUUACGUCAUGCCAGACAUCGAUGUACAUACAAACAUAUUUAGCCAAGAGAGGGAAACAACUAGAGUCAAGUCAUUAGAAGAGGUCUUUACAUCUGAUGGAAGAGUUCAAAGGGAAAUAUAUUUGUCAGCUGAUGCUGGGUUUGGAAAAACUGCAUUUUCAAAAUAUCUGGCCAUAACAUGGUGUGAAGCUCAUCAAAAAGAUCAAAACUUCAAAUAUUUUAAAGAAGAAGAACUUAAGGCCUUAUAUGGCUUUGAGUUUAUAUUCCUGGUGUUAUUAAGGGAUUCAGUUCAAGUCUGUAACAUUGACGACAUGAUCGAACAACAAAUUAUAAAAUGUCUUCCUUGUUCGUCAUCAUUACCAAAAGACCUUUUAAAAGAAAUUUUUAGUCGUGAAAAAUGCUUAGUUAUUUUGGAUGGGCUAGAUGAAUGGACUCAUCCUGACAAUGCUUGUACAAGAUCACAUGAAAAUCUUCCUCACCGAUACGCACGAGAAAAUUGUGUAGUCUUAACAACAACCCGGCCAUGGAAGCUUGGAGUUUCAAACUUGAAGACAAGUCAAAUGGACAGGACAAUAGAGUUAGCUAAAUUAAAUAACACGUCAGUAAUGACAUUACAGUUAAAUGCUAUUCGGAUGAUGAAAAAGGGCAUUUGUGAAGAUGAAUUGAAGAAACAAACUAUCCAGUUAGAUGAUGUGAUAAAACGAAGUGGUCUCAACAACCUGAAAGUAGUUCCUCUCAUUUUGAUGUACAUUAUAUGUUUAUGGUGUGAUGGUAAACCUAUUGGACAGUCAAAAUGCCAACUUUAUAUAAGUAUAGUAGAACUGCUUCUGUCAAGAACACUGAAUAAACAUCCAGAACUAGAAACAGACACCAACCCCUCCCAGGGUAAUCUUCCACAAUGCUUUAUUAAACAUGUGAAAUGCCAAAAAUACAGUAAGCUUAUAACGGUCUUAGGAAAACUAGCUUUCCAUACAUUAUUCAAUGAUCAGAAAGAAAACACCCUGGUAUUUAACAGGUCUAUUGCUGAAAAUUAUCUUUGUCAAGAUUACUUUAAGUUGAGCUUACUUUCAGGAAUACUAACAGAAAGUAAAGUUAAAACAUAUACAGAACAGGAGUCAAAAGUAUCCUUUUCCCACAAAACAGUACAGGAAUUCUUUUGCGCGUCUUACAUAUGUGUGGAAACCAUAUCUGAUAUUCAGAAAAUAAUUGUGGAAAAAUGCAGAUCUGUACAGCAUAUUCUAGAUAUGUCAACAUUGUUUAUGUUUAUUAGUGGUAUGAACCCCGAAAUCAUGUCUUCUUUCUCACGUGAAUUUAUGAUUGUGAUAAACACUGAUGUAAAAACAAAGGAAUACAGAGCUUUGACAUGCGUGUUUUAUCAUUCCAGGCACGUUAAACCAUUACAAGAAAUACAAGACAUGUAUAUUUCAUGUGCCCAAGAAAGGCAGGACAACAAAGACCUCAAAUUGUGUUUACAAGAUUUUUUAAUCAAUGAAAAAUGUCAGCAAGCAAACUACUUCAAACAAUUACAAUUUUUGUGUCAGAAUAAAGAAAACAUAAAAUCAGUAAUGAUAGAAAACAAAGGUAUUUGUGGUUUCCAAAAGUUUGUCGAUUUGUUUACACUCUCAGACCUUCCAGAAAUAGAGAAACUAUAUUAUCAUGGUGAAAUUGCAGAAGAGGAAAUGAUGAGCUUGUUAUUGAACCCUUUAAAAUGUUUUUCUGUGAUGCCAAAUAAAUGGGAAAAUAAUAAAUUUGUAGGAAAACUUUGCUGCCUGUCUGCAGAAAUAAAUGGACGACUGGUAAAAUUACAACAUCUGGAGUGUUUAUAUAUAGGAAGUUUUACUAUGACCCACGAGGUAAUGGAGACAUUGUGUAAUUUCCUCAGUAGUAAAAAAUCAAUGAAAGAUUUAACAUUGCAUUGUUUAUACUGUAGUGAUCAUGAUACUUCAUGUAGGGGAAUCAACCUUGACCUGUCUCAACAUUCACAUCUAAGAGGUUUAGGAUUAAACAAGAUACCUGUGUCAGAAUUAAUCUUGAAUGUAUCGUUAUUGGAAUGUCGUGUAGGUAAACUAUAUAAACCUGGUGCUGUUGCAUCUUAUCUUAGUCAACUUCCAGCAGCCAUUAAACUAAAAACAAUCAUGUGUCAGUAUCUAGAAUCUUCCAGUGACAUAGAAACAAUGUUACAAACAAUACCGUUGUUACUUAAUGUGAAGGAAGUUAGGUUGUGGGGAAUCAAUCUAGGUGAAAGAUCAUUAACACUGUCAACUGAAAUGAUCAGUAUUGAACUUGUUGACUUGAGGUAUAUGACAAUGUCUUGUUCAGUGUUACAUGAUCUCAUUACUGUUGUAAACAAACUUCCACAUACAGUGACAAUAUAUAUAAGAGGUUGUAAUAUAAAACCGAUUACAGAAUUUGAAGAAGUGAAAAAGAAAUUACAAGCUUCAGAACUAUUCAUGGUCAUGUAUAAUGGAACCUAUCAGAACAGAUUAAACAGAUUUGAUUUCAAAACAAUAAAACACCGUUACAAAUAAAAGAUAAAAGACUUUUCUUUGUGAGCAACAUUUCUUUCAGUAGAACAGUAAAAUGUAUAAUAUAAUCAUUUGAUAAUAAUUAUCAAUCGGUAUUAAAUGUUUCCACGGUCAGCACGAUUAUUUAGAUCAUAAACAAGUUUGCAAUCAAUAUAUGCUUAAACAGAAGUUUUAGAUUAGCCUUUAACAUAUCGGUCCUUGUUUCUGUAGGUUCGAAUCCUGUCGGGGGACUUUGGAUUUUUUUUUCAUGUAAGAAAGCUUUAAAUCAACCAACUAUAGCUUACGGAAUGUCAGUGGUUCGACUCAGGUGCCCUUUCGUGCCCCAAAUAGCGCUUCAAGAGGCGCCUCAGAUCAUCAACUGUAAACCUAUCACCAGUCGCCAUAUCAGCUUUACUAAUUUUGAUUUUAGCUCCAGCAUAAAUUAAAUGAUUACAAUAUUUGUUGUUUUAAAUUGUUAAAGAAUACAUUCAAAUGUUUAAUCUAUUAGAUAGAAAUAUUUAACAAAAAAAAUAAUGUGCAAAUAAAUUUUAAGAAUAUAUAAUUUCUUUUAUCUGCUUGUUUUGUUUCAAUAUAAUUGUAAGAAGAACUCAACAUGUUUUAAGUGACUUAUAAAUAUUUAAUCACAGUUCAUGUAGUGAAGUAUUUUGUGCUUAACUACAGUUAAAAAAGAAGAAACAUUGAAGAUUGCCAUUUAUGGCAGUAAUUAUAAUUGCAGAUUCCUAAUUGCAUCCUUUCAGCCAAACUUAAGAAUACACAGAAAUAUAAAAGAAUACACAGAACGAAUAUGGUAUUCUGGUUAAACCCACACUAAAUAACUAAACAUGUAGUAAGUUAAGGCUAGGAGUUAAUGACUUGCGUUUAUUCUAAGUAUUCUGGUUUUUGUCAAGUAAAAUUCCACCUUAAUUUAAGAAAUUUAUCGGUAAAAAAGUAAACGGUAAUACAUUUUUUCCUCGGUUCAGCGACAGCGAAUUAAAGGAAAAUUAUUUUCCAUUGGUUAAAUACAGUAUUGUAUAAUUUUCACAUAAAGUAAUAUGUAGUAUUGAGCAUUCAGCUUUGCAAGGUUAACCAGGCAAUAUUGGCUUAAAUAAUUAAAAAAUGGCAAGAAACGAGUUCCAAUUACUGUUCCAAUUUUAACCAUCUAGGUGUGAUAUAUUUUGAAUUAUAAUUAUAUUAUCUGAAUUCUAUGAAUGUGUUAAAAUGAAAAUAUAUGUUUGAAAACAUAUCUUAUAAUUUAUAGUAACCAUGUAUUGUUACAUGUAAUGAUUGAAAUUAUAAAUGUAUUACACACUUUGAACUGAUCGUCCAAAUGCUCUUUACAUAUAAUAUAUUACUAAA